CAGUGACAAAUUGUUGAGCUAAAUUGUGUCCUUCGCACGGAACGAAAGGGCCACGAAAGAGAACAUUGAAGACAUAUGUACCUUUCUCCACAUUUUCUAAAGAGAAACAAGAUUCUCAAUGACAUGCUGCUAAAUGGUGUGGCUGCUAACAAUCGUUCUCCCUCUCCUCUAUUAUGGCUGCUGCUACUACUUCCCUUUCAACAAACAGUGCAUGAUUCUUUUCAACAGUACAGGCGUUUCAUCCAGCCGCCUAUAUCUCCAAAUAUCUUCCGUUAAACAGUCAUUUGUACUAGUAAACUGAACCCAAAAAAACAGCACGCACUAGCACAGAGGCCUCUAGCAGCCAGCUACUCCAGUCUUGUUGCCACGAGGCAAAAUUAUCGUCCUAAUAAACAAAAACAAAAGGGAGGAAAGAACUUGACCUUCUCCAUCAUCAGUGACGACCAUGCUCGCGACAUCAACCGAUCAGCUUGGUUCGAAGAACGCUCUCAUUACCAUCAAGCUGGCCAGGUUCAUCGGUACAAGUCUGUCAUAUCCGGCUAUAUAACGCCAUGGCCAGAGUCGUAUAACGUCAUAAGCAAACCAAACAAAAAAACCUCACCAUCAUCGACCCACUUGUUCCUAGCGAUCUAGAACGAGAGACUUGGCAAUGGCGGGAAGCGGCGAGCUGAAGCUGCUGGGCGUUUGGAGCAGCCCGUACGCGAUCAGGGUCCGCGUCGUCCUCAACCUCAAGUCGCUGCCGUACGAGUACGUGGAGGAGAACCUGGGCGACAAGAGCGACCUCCUCCUCGCCUCCAACCCGGUGCACAAGAGCGUCCCCGUCCUGCUCCACGCCGGCCGGCCGGUGAACGAGUCGCAGGUCAUCGUGCAGUACAUCGACGAGGUCUGGCCGGGCGGCGCCGGGGGACGCCCGUCCGUGAUGCCCUCUGACCCCUACGAGCGCGCGGUGGCGCGCUUCUGGGCCGCCUACGUCGACGACAAGGUCCGGCCGGCGUGGCUGGCCAUCCUGUUCGGGAGCAAGACGGAGGAGGAGAGGGCGGCGGCGGUGGCGCAGGCCGUGGCGGCGCUGGAGACGCUAGAGGGCGCGUUCGGGGAGUGCUCCAAGGGGAAGCCGUUCUUCGGCGGCGACGGCGUCGGGUUCGUCGACGUCGUGCUCGGCGGCUACCUCGGGUGGUUCACGGCGAUCGACAAGCUGAUCGGUCGCAGGCUGAUUGACCCGGCGAGGACGCCGGCGCUGGCCGCGUGGGAGGAGCGGUUCCGCGCCACCGACGCGGCCAAGGGAGUCGUGCCGGAUGACGCCGACAAGCUGCUCGAGUUCAGGCAGACCCUGCUUCGCUGGAGCGCAUCCAAAGCAAAGUGAGAUGACAUGACACGACUGUUUUCGCCAUGGUGAUGCUGAAUCUAAGUAUGCUGUACGUGUGUUUGUAUAAUAACAAGGAGAAAUGCUGCUGCACGAUUGAGUUUCCUUGAUCGAUUCCUCAGCAUAGUUUCUUUUUUUUUUAUCUAGCUAUAUAUUUAAUAUAUAGCGCCAUGUUCUUCAUAAUAAAAGGGCUAUUUUAAGCUGUAAAUUGCAUACAUUUGUAUUUACAUAAUAAAAAAAUGAAUCUUACGUUGUGUUGUUUUUC